GGGAAUUCCCUCUGGAGAAGGCAGUCAAGCCAAUCAGAAAUGGAGAUGAUGACUGAGAAACAGAGAGAUAAUAGGUAUUUUUGGAACAACACUCCUCAAAAAAGUGAUUUUGAGGCUGUAGAAGCCCUGAUUUCUAUGAGUUGCAACUGGAAAUCAGACUUCAAAAAACAUGCAGAAAUGAGACCUAUAACCCCAGCAUCUGAUUUGUCAGAAGAGAGUGAUGAGACUUUGCUUCCUGGAGCAGCAGACUUUAACACAAUACCAGCAUUUUGCCUUACACCUCCCUACAGCCCUUCUGACUUCGAGAUGUCUCAGGUGGUCCAUCCAGGGGUCCAUCCUGGGGCACCCAUGCCCACCGCAGCGCUCGGCAGGUCGCUGGCUGAGGCAGGGAAGCCUCCAGCUGCUGGGCCUCCGAAAGCUCAAGCGACGAGUGUCAUCCGCCACACGGCUGAUGCUCAGCUUUGUAAUCACAAAACCUGCCCAGUGAGAAAAGCCAGCGUGCUGAAGUACCAGGACAGCGUUUCGAGGGAAACAAACAGUAAACAAAAUGCUGAGGCAGAGCAGUCAGCGUGUUCCGCCGUGGCGCCGAGCAGAGCCGGUGGUGAGAGCGGUGAACUGCUGGUGGCAGAAGGAAAAUCCGCAGAACCAGCUGUCGGUCUGGUGCCCUUGACAAAGCCCCCGGUCAGCAGACAUCAGCCUGUCCUCGGGUCAGCUCAGCAGACAGCGAGGAUGGCAUCGCCGUGCCCUGCCCAAGGCAGUGGAGCCCCCCCUGUGCCGGUGAUUUGCCAGAUGGUCCCUCUGCCUGCAAACAACAACAUGGUGACAGCCGUGGUGCCCAACAGCACGCCAAGCCAGCAGCCCGCUCUCUGUCAGCCCAUGGUCUUCAUGGGUACCCAGGUUCCCAAAGGGGCUGUUAUGUUUGUUGUACCGCAGCCAGUUGUGCAGAGCACAAAAGCUCCCAUUAUUAGUCCCAAUGGCACGAGACUCUCUCCCAUUGCCCCUGCUCCCGGCUUUGUACCUUCUGCAGCAAAAGCCAGUCCUCCGGUUGAUUCUUCAAGAAUAAGAAGUCACAUCUGCAGCUACCCAGCGUGUGGGAAAACGUACUUCAAGAGCUCCCAUUUGAAGGCUCAUGUCAGAACACACACAGGAGAAAAGCCAUUUAGCUGCAGCUGGAAAGGCUGCGAGAGAAGGUUUGCACGCUCUGAUGAACUGUCUCGCCACCGCAGAACACACACGGGGGAGAAGAAGUUUGCCUGCCCCAUGUGCGAGCGGCGGUUCAUGCGGAGCGACCACCUAACGAAGCACGCGCGUCGCCACUUGUCGGCCAAGAAGUUGCCCAACUGGCAGAUGGAAGUGAGCAAGCUGAACGACAUCGCCCUGCCGCCCGCGGCCGCAGCUGCACAGUGAAAGGACUUGCUCUGGAGGCGGUGGAAUUAACUGUUGUCGCUGGGAUGGGCCAGCUGAAA